ACGGUCAGGAUCGCGAUCUAAUCGUGGCGAAUUUUUUUUAUCUGCAUCCUAAUUCAAAGAUAGGAUCUUCCGGCGUCGAUUCGGUUCCUCCCCAAAAGAUUUGAUAUCGGCAGCUAUCAGAGCUUGACAAGACAUCUUUCGACUGCACAGUAACAAUCGCAAUGUUCAAAUGAUAUACUGUUUCCUUUUUACGUUUUAUGACGCCAAGGCAUUGCUUGAUAAUUUACACUUGGUGUAGUUUUCGACUAAACAAACCGAGAGUGAUGCAUCCGUCGAGCUGGUCCCAACCCUUAAGCUUUUCUAAAAACUCCGUCAAACGGCCCAAUAUUUAUGUAUUGAUGACUAGUAAACAAGCGAUCCGUAGCUUUAUCCACGAGCUAGAGCCAGAAUCUUCGUUUCUGGAACAGAGUUAUUUGCUGAUAAAAGCAUCGGUGUCACCAUCUCGGGUAGGAUAUCAACGAUUGCCAUUUAAUUGCUUCCUAAGCAUUGCAUCUCGAUGUUACCUGCAUGAAAUGGCGUCCAGAGUAUACAGUCACAAUUACAUUAUCCCAUUGUCGAUGGGAACGUUUUUCUCAUUGUCGACUUCCAGCUAUUCUUUGUUGUUGAACGGAUAAUUAUUCAAAAUAAAGAGUAAAUGACUGCAAGCCUAACUACUCUUCUUCCUGUUCAAUCAUUUUUUUUAGUUAGGCUGGGUUUGUAUCUUACUCGACUACCACAAGCGAUAGCAUUGUAACGUAAGAACAAAACAGUCAGACUCACGCAGCAAUCUAUACCAUAUACACUUUUUCUGAACGCAAGGAACUCAUUGCAC